GCGGCUCUCUCCUUUCACAUUUUGCUUCUGCUGCUCCUCUAUUGCAGAGCACACCCACCACUCCUCUCUCCCCAAGGUUCUCGUUCUACUCUACAAAGCCCUACCUCUUUACCUCCACUUGAGUACCCUCUGUUCUGACUACCCUAGUGACUAAGGCCCUGUUCGGAUCCCCUCCACUCCCCAAUUGCAGCUCCCGGAGCGGAGGGAGCACCAGCACAAUCGCGCGGAGCGGCUCGAACCCAGCUCCUCGCGCGGAGCGGAGUUGGGAGUCUGGAAAGCUUUCGAACAGGCUAUAAGUGGCCACCUGCUCCUGCUGCAUCGAUUUGGUUCUGCAGUUAAGGUUUGUUGCUGAUAUUAUCAGUUUGGACUUCGAGUGAACUACUAGUACCAUAAUAGGGGGAUGGAACCUAUGGUUGUCGGUACACUACCUGAUAAUCUGGUGGUUGAAAUCCUCUCUCGGCUGCCGUUCAAGUCUUUUUGCCGCUUCAAAUGUGUCUGCAAGUCCUGGCUUGCCUUCUCAUCAAAUCCAAACUACCAUGAGAACCUGCCAAAAAUUCCCACCGGCCUUUUCUGCCAAUACCAAGACCUUAAUAAGAAGGCUACCAAGCUUAUUGGCCAGCCCCGAAAGGUGGAGCAAAUUGAUGGAGCACUUAGUUUCUUGCCACAGUACCCACAACUGGAGCUUAUGGAUUGCUGCAAUGGCCUAGUCCUCUGCAUGCGUAGGAGCAUGGAUUGGAACAACCGUAAAAUUAUCUACCACUUCAUUGUGUGCAACCCCGCAACACAAGAGUGGACGAAGUUACCUGAUACCCGUCCUUACCAAGAACAUGGUAUUUGCCAAGCUAUGUUGGUUUUCAACCCAUCAUGUUCCCGACAGUUCUAUGUCCUCAACUUUAAACGGGAUCCUUCAACUUCGUUCUUGAGCGGGCUCGAGGUGUUUUCAUCCAACCUUUCCACAUGGCUUGUGUAUGAUGCAUGGUGGAAUUCUGGGAUGCCCACUGUUAUUGGAUACCGACACUUGUUCAUAGAUGGUUCACUUUAUCUGUUUAGACUGCGGAGGAAUUCAAGGAGGAUCUUGGUGUUGAACGGCUUUGAGGCGAUGAGUUCCUGCAUACCGCCUAAUCGUCGGACUAUCAAGUUGCCAAAUGACCCUUCUGUUGAAUCUCCGAAUGGCCUUUCCGUUGGUAUGUACACUCAAGGUUUCUUUGGACACUCUCUAGGGGCCUUGCACUUUGCAUUGCCAGAUGUGGAUGGGCGUGCGAUCCGGAUUUGGAGCCUCGAUGUUUCCGGGCCAUAUAAGUGGAGUAUGAAGCAUCGUCUUAGUAUCAGAGAUGCGUUUGGAAGAGACGACCUUUCUCACUAUGACUCCACUCAACAGUGUCGAAAUUGUGCUUACAGGAUUGGAGCCCUCGACUUGGAGAGUGACGUCAUGUUCCUCUUUGCCGGGGAAAACAAGCUUCGUUCAUACGCCAUCAGCACUGGGAAAUUUCAUGAGCUCGGUGACAUUGAACAAGAUCAUGAGCAUAGCUAUGACAAGUUCUUUUAUUAUAUUGCAUGCUACUUGAAGCUUCCAGCAUCCGUGCCUUUUCCUUAGCUAUUUUUGUCGAAAACGAAGGGACUUGGAACGUAGCAGUUGAAGUUACUAGCAUUUGUUGGGAAACCAAGCUGGAGAUGAUUUGUGUGUCUUCAGUUCGGCAAGUAAUACUAUUGCUGUAUGAAAGGAAGGAAGCUGGCCUAGUCUAGUAGAUGGUGUUAAGAAGGCCUUUUUGUUGAAGUACUUUUUGUAUCUUCAUUUUGCUUCCAUUUGGUUAAUUUGUAAGGGUCUAAUCAAACACUCUGAGUUCUGAAA